AUGACACCGACCCCGGUGGCUACGCCGGGUGGCGGGUUGUGUGUCGCGUGGCAGGUGCGCGGUAAGCCCGUGCUGCUGGUGGGUGGCGGCGAAGUGGCUGCGAGUCGGAUCGUGCACCUGAAGCAUGCUGAUGCGCAUAUUACUGUGCUCGCGCCGCAGGACGCACUGCAUCCCGAUGUGGCUGCGUGGAUUCAGCAGGGCGUCGUUCAACACUAUAUUCCUGGCUUGUACACCCAGACUGACCAGCUUGUGCGCGAAGAUGGAAGUGACUAUGCCAUGGUGCUAACGGCGAUCGACGAUGCGGAAAAGAGCCGUGAGAUUUGCAAGUGGUGCCGCUCGCGCCGGAUUCCCGUCAAUGUCGCCGAUGUACCGCCUGAGUGUGACUUUUACUUUGGCUCGAUGAUCCGGCGUGGGCCGCUGCAAGUCAUGGUUUCGACGGGAGGACAGGGCCCGCGCCUCGCACGCAAGCUGCGACAGUGCAUCGAGGCGACGAUCCCUGAAAGCGCCGGACAUGCGCUGAGCCGCGUGGGUGUGCUCCGUGCCAAAUUGCGACAGGUUUCGCCCGAACCUGCGCUCAGCGCUGCGCGCAUGGACUGGAUGUCGCGGAUCUGCGAUGCAUUUCCCCUCGAAGAGCUGGCGCGCCUCGAUGACGCCACCAUGGAUCGCUGGGUCCAGCACCACUGGCCCCGCCGAAGCGUGCCCGCUUCCAAGGGGCGCCGCUGCACGGUGCACCUCAUGACGCGCGAUGUGGUGUCCUGUAUCAUCGGCGGCAUCAUCGGCUUGUACAUCUCGUCUCGCCUGCGUAAGUAA